GCUAACACCGGGAUCAUCCUGGCUUAUAGUAUUUGAAGCCUCUUUGCCAAUUAUGGGGAACAAUGAUUCUAAAUAAACGGCAUUCAACGAGGCUCAAGUAUCUGAGAUGAUUCAAUCAAGCCUUAUAACACGGAUUUUGAAAAGUGGUUCGAGUGGCUGGUAUUGAACGAUGGAAAACGGGCAAUUGUUAUUGUACUCAAGUCAUAUAAAUAAAUUCUAUGCAAACCCCAAACUACGAGGCGAGCAUUGACAUUCUAAACAAUUCUAGUUGUAUGACAAGUAUUAUCAUCACAAUCAGCCGAGAAAUUGGUAUAAAAGCAAUCCCAGUACGCUUGAAAUUGACCAGUAGUAACUGCUGGAACAAUCAAGAAAAAUUGCUUUUUGAAAAAAGUUAUGUUACACAAAAAUAAUUCUAGUAUUUGAAAUUCUUCGGAGUAUGGUUGACUGUAUCCCACAUAGUCACUAUCGGAGCUUACCCAUGUUAUGAUACAACCACAAAACACACACUAUCUCACAUUUAUUUGCAGAAAUGGCAUUGGCAACCCGAGGAAAAGGUAUUUUUUAGCUGAAGCCAUCUCUAAGCCAUGGAAAAAAGCCCUUUAAAUUGUUUUUUGUAUGGAUCUGCGCAGGAAAAAGUAUCUAACGGCUAAAUAAUAUUGAGGUGCAUCACUCGUUUCAAUCAGUACGUUAUUUUUUUAAUAGAGCAACGUUGAUUUUUCCGUGUUGUAUUUUUUCCUUUUCUCACAUGAUCCAAUAUAAUGCAUAUCCAGUGAUCUAACGUUUGCUUAUCUAUGAAUUAGGUCACUUCUUGAUGAAAUUUGAUGUUGAUAACUAAGAAACCGCCCGGAGAUCCCAUUAUAAUUAUAAUGCAUAUACGAAAAUCAAUAUCAAGCCAUAACUUUCAGGCUUAGUCCCGACUUUGUCCCCUCAUGUGCAUUGUUGCAGAUAUCAAUAGUGUUUAAUAUGUGCGGCAAACCUACAUACUCUAAGGCAUUUCUUUUUCUUGUGUGGUAAAUAUUUUUUAAAUAUGUAAAAAAAUUUUGCAAUGAC